UCCAAAAUAGCAAAAAGCAAAACAUUAUAUCUGGAAUUGAUUUUUAACUGUAAAUUGUCCACAAAAAAAAAGUAAUAUUAAAUCAUAUCAAUUAAUUUAGUUUUUGCAAUCAUCAUUCACUUCAAUUUCUUAGAACUGCAUACUGAAAUUUUAAUGAAAUUUUUAAAAACUUAAAAAUGAAAUAAUUUAGUUGAUAUUCAAUUAUGCUCACAACGAGAUGAAUAAACAAUUUGGCUAAUAAUUCAAAUUGUUAACUUUUGAUCUUAUCCAAAUAACUUCAACGUUCAUUUUAAACAAGCAUAAAUAUAUACUUCAAUACUUUACAAAAUUUAAAUCAUACCAAAUUAUAUAUUCAGCCCGAAGUAAAAUCUCUAAUUUUAGUUGAUUAAAAUAGAUUUUAUUGGGGUUUAAAAUAAAAGGGUCUUUUGAAAACCCAAACUGAAUUACAUAUAUAUUAAGAACACUGAUUUGAGCAAAUUGAAUACUAACCUUUUAAUUAAAAAAAUUAACAUGGAAUUAGACGUUUGGGUCAGUAUCAUUUAUAUUAAUAACAAGAGUCAAAUAAUUAAAUAACAAUAACAUUAUCUAAACCUUUUACUGAAUUUUAUUUAUAAACUCAAAAAUAUAAAUUUUCAUUAUCCAUAAAGUUAUUAAAAAAAUCUUCAAAGCAAAAAAAAAAACAUUAUUGUGUUGUGACCAUCAUGAGAACAGACGUGAAAAAGGAAACUUUAUAAGCCUUUAUAAUAAGCCUUUAUAAUCAGAUUUUAUUAAAGAAAAAGUCAACUAAAAGAAGUGGAGUCGAUCUAGGGCCUAGGGGAGGUGUUGUGUUCCUCGCAGACUCGCAGUCAAAACCUCUCCAAGUAGAAAACUCUUCAGACAUUAUUUAUAACAAAGAGAUAUAGACAAAGACUUGGAUAGUUCUCAGUUUGUGUAUCCACGAACUCUUCCAAAUAUUUUUUAAAACAUACAAAAGCCAAAACACAUUAUUUAGGGCAACUCGACGGAAGAUGCCGGAGUUAAGAGUGUUAUCGGCGUUAGAUGCGGCGAGGUUACAAUGGUACCAUUUCAAGGCGAUAAUGAUCGCCGGAUUAGGUCUCUUCACCGACGCUUACGAUCUCUUCUGCAUAGCUCCCAUCAUGAAAAUGAUCAGCCAAAUCUAUUACCACAAAGAUUCCAUCGGAACCGCCGUUCUCUCCAUCUCUUACGUCAUCGCACUCUUCGGCACCGCCUUAGGACAGCUCAUCUUCGGCUACUUAGGCGACCGUGUCGGGCGCCGAAAAGUAUACGGUCUCUGUCUCUUGAUCAUGGUGUUCAGCUCCUUCGGCUGCGGUUUCUCCGUCUGCACCACUCGCCGUUCUUGCGUCAUGGCGAGUUUAGCAUUCUUUAGAUUCGUCCUCGGGCUAGGGAUCGGUGGAGACUACCCUCUCUCCGCCACGAUCAUGUCGGAGUUCGCUAAUAAAAAGACGCGUGGGGCUUUUAUAGCCGCCGUGUUUUCGAUGCAGGGGUUGGGAAUCUUGAUGAGCUCAGCCGUGACGAUGGCUGUGUGCGAGGCGUUUAAGAUGGUCGGAGAGGGGAGUUUGGAGAAAAUGGAGGCGGCUGGAGUGGAGACUUUGGCUCCGGCGGAGUCGGAUAUUGCUUGGAGGUUGAUUCUGAUGAUCGGUGCUAUUCCCGCCGCGUUAACGUUUUACUGGCGAAUGCUAAUGCCUGAAACCGCCAGAUACACAGCACUAGUUGAGAACAACGCAAGACAAGCAGCAAAAGACAUGCAAAAAGUCAUGUCCGUAUCCAUGUCUCAAGUAGCCGAAGAUACAUUAUCGGAGACACUAGAACUACCACCAUCUACUUCUUCCUCCUACAAACUCUUCUCCCGCCGUUUCUUCAGCCUCCACGGCCGUGACCUCUUCGCAGCCUCAGCCAAUUGGUUCCUAGUGGACGUAGUCUUCUACACAAGCAACCUCCUCCUGUCUCAAAUCUUCAGUUUCUCCAACAAACCUCUCAACUCCACAAACGUCUACGACUCUGCCUUCGAGGUGGCUAAGCUAGCAGCCAUCGUAGCCGCUUGCUCCACCAUCCCCGGCUACUGGUUCACCGUCUACUUCAUCGAUAGAAUCGGUCGUGUCAAAAUUCAGCUAAUGGGGUUUUUCUGUAUGGCCGUUGUUUACCUAGUCGCUGGGGUACCCUACAGUUGGUAUUGGUCUAAGCAUGAGAAGACUAAUAAAGGCUUUAUGGUUCUCUAUGGACUGAUCUUCUUCUUUAGCAAUUUUGGGCCUAACACGACGACCUUUAUUAUCCCGGCCGAGCUUUUCCCGGCUAGGUUUAGGUCAACUUGUCAUGGGAUAUCCGGAGCUGCCGGGAAGUUUGGGGCCAUUGUCGGGACGGUUGGUUUCUUGUGGGCCACGCAGCAUGAAGAAGAGGACAAAGGAGAAGUUUUUCCAGAGGCGAGACGCGUGAGGAUAGCGUUUUUAAUCCUUGGUGCAGUUUGUAUCGCUGGAGUCUUGGUGACGUACUUCUACACUCGUGAAACUAUGGGAAGGUCGUUAGAAGAGAACGAAGAGGACGAGAUUGAUUCCACAUGUGCAUCUUCUGGUAAUGAGUUAUUCCCUAUAGAAUAGUGAUUUUGAUAUCACAACACAAUCAAUCCUCUUUUGAUUGUCCUAUUCUAAUUUAACUCUGAAUUUCCUUGGUUUUGAUGUUUGAUAUACAUUAAGUUUUUUUUGUUCUCGUGUUUAAUUGACUUCUUUUUUUUAUUUGUUUUCUACUAUUUAAAUCCGUGCAUUUAAAACGGUAUAUGGAUGUCAAAGCUUGGUCAGCUUGACACUAAACAUGAUUGAAUAUCACUCACUUUUGGUUGAGAAAGAAGCCACCUGGUUGCUUCCACAUAAACCUUAUGGCUUACCAUUGUACCUCUUCAUCCUAAUGAAACCUUUUCUCCCCAUUUUGAUCCCCUAGACUUCUUCACUAUGACGUAAUCCAUGCCCUUUUUGAAUAAACUAUAUUUAGGUUUCUUUGGAUGGACCCAUCUUUUUAUUUAGAUUGCAUGGUUCUGUGAAAAUGACACUUCCGAUGAGUUGCUACAUUCGGCCGGUUAGGCGGUCUACCAUAGCUAAAAAUGCUUUAGCCAACUGAAAAAAAACCUUGCUGUAACUUUCAAAAAUCAGAUUUAUCACCAAUGUAACAUCUGUUUGGCUAACCAGGCACAACCCUAACCAUCUUCGAUUAUGGUCUUCUAAUGAUUUUGCCGGUUUGCGGUGUCAAUGGUUCAGUUUUGAACUUUUCUUCAUGAACAUGCAACAAGAAAUUGUUUUUAUUUAUUAAAAAAAAAGAUUGUUAUUAUAAUGGUUUAGCCGGUUGGCAGUGUCACUGGUUCAGUUUUGAACUUUUCUUCAUGAACAUGCAACAAGAGAUCGUUACCAUCUUCCUCUUUGAUGUUUUCCCCCAAGAGAGAAAAAUUCGAUUUGUUAAGUUCAUUCUAGUUUCGACUUUCGAAGCCUAAUUAAUACCAACAAGGCCUAGCUCUAUAUAUUUCAUUUUUUCAUAAGCGCUGACAAAAAUUUAAAUAUUUCAACAAUCUACAAAACCAAUUCAAAUUAGUUAAAAUUGGGAAUAGAUCAUAGAUAAACUUAUAAUUUCGAAAAGCCAAAAUUUCCAGAUCAAAAACGUUAAAUACUCCAAAUCAAUAAGCAUGCGCUGAUGCGCAUGUAUAUUCCAUAACAAAACAUAUCAAAUCGUGCAUUAGAAAUUUAGUCUUAUUCAAGUGAAAAAUUUAUAAUGCGCGAACGAGAUAUUGCUUUAUGUCUAUCAAAUCAGAAUGUCAUGAACAUUAUGUUAAUGCGUCCAAAAAUGUACACUUUAAACAUUCAUAUAUAUUCAACCAAUGAUGAUUUUGUUUAAGUAUAACACCACUAGCUAGGGAAUCAAGCAUUCAUGAAAAUAUACAUAAAUAAAUGAAAUGUUGGUAACAGAAAAAUGCAAAAACAUGAAUGUGGAAAUCUCCGGCCAGAUAUGGAAUGUUGGUAUCAUCAUUUUUCUAUGAGAAUUUAUAGUUUCUACUUUCGACACAAAAGAAGCUCUUCACUUUAUGAUGACAAAAAAAAAAAAAAGAAGCUCUUCACUUUAUACUUCCUACUCUUUUUGUGAUUCAAAAAAAAAAAUCAUCCUUAAUAGUUUAAUAUGAUAAAGUAUUAGCUAGAGUUUAGUAAUACGAUUAGAGAUAUACACAAAUGAUAUCCUCUAUCCAAAGAGAUAAAGCCAAAUAAUAAGAUAACCGAUCAUGCAAAUGCAUGAACGUACA